AUGUUUCAUCAAAUCCUAAUAAUAACCCAUUUCACCACAUCUAACUACCGUGUCCUACCACCUUUCUCACAUUUCGCAACCGAAGUGCGACCUACAAUCAAAGUGACUGGUAAACGUAAUUCUUUCAUUGGAAUUUCUUCAGUCUUAAGAAUUCUAAAUCCGUUCAAACUUAGACGUAGGGCUAGAUUAAUCUUUGAUAUUUAUAAGGAGUAUAAAUCGUUGAAAGUUAGAUUUCCUAUCAACAGACGAGAUUAUUCUUCUAGUAAAACUCAAUUAAGAAAUAUUAAACGUCAUGGGAAGAUGAUUAGAUCCCAAAAUGAUUUAUCUCGUCCUCAAAGUGAACCAAGUACUUCCAAUGAUGAACAAUUAACUCCUACCACUUCCAGGCGUCAGAAACUAUUUGGUUUUGCCAAAAGUGCUCGAGAUAUUUAUAUACCCAAAAUAUCAGGGUCGGUAUCUCAAUUGGCUUCAGGAGUAUCAGCUAGAGCUUUUAAUAAUGAUCAAUAUGAUGAAGAUGGGAAAUUAAAGAUACCUAAAGAGGCCAGUAUUAGUCUAAUGCCUACUUAUAGUAUCCCUAUGGGAGAUGGUAAAUAUAAAGUUGAUGUAGCAGGAUGGAUGUCGUGUCCAGGGUUGAUGACAAGGAAGAAUCGAUUAAUCUUUUCAUUAGUUAAACAGAUAAUAAAAUAUGAUGUCACAUCCAAUCAAGCACUUCAGAAAUUGGAGAGUGAUAAUUUGAGACAAGAUAUUUUACAGGAAAAUGCCAGUGAUAAUGAAACCAUAGCUUCCAGUGAAUCUUUAGCACCUUCGAUUGAAAGUUCAAGACCUUCUAGUGGGUUACAUAAUCAUGAAGAAACUUUAAAAGAAAGGCUUAGUAGUUUUAUAGCUAGGUAUGUGGCUAAUGCUGAAUUAACUAUUAUAAUAGGGUCAGAAGAUAUACGAGAAACUAAGAAUUUGAAAUCAGUGGCAGUUUUAACUGAUGGUAAUGGAUGUUUCAGUAGUACUGUUGAAGUUGAUUAUAAACCAUCAGUAAUUCAAGUUCUGGCCACAAGGGAUGAAACCGUUUGUUCGUUUCAAGAAACAAGUAUCAUCCCCAAUACAGGAGUAGCUAUUAUUAGUGAUAUUGAUGAUACUGUUAAAGUCACCGGAGUUAUUGGUGAUAAACGAGAACUUCUUAAUAGUUUACUUUUAAAAGAUUUCAAGAGUUGGGAAAUCCCACCAGUAGCUAAAUGGUAUAGUCGAUUGGUUGAAAGCAAUAAAUUAUCAUUCCAUUAUGUUUCUAAUUCCCCGUUACAAUUAUUCCCCACCAUCAUGAAAUACUUCACUUCAGCAGGACUUCCAUUGGGAUCUAUGCAUAUGAAACAAUAUACUGGUAAUAUAAUUUCAUCAUUAAUGGAACCUUCAGGUUCUAGGAAACGUACAGCAUUAACUAAAUUAGCUACUGAUUUUUCCCAUAAGAAGUUCAUCUGUGUGGGAGAUUCAGGUGAAUAUGACUUUGAAUCAUAUGUCGAUUUAGCUAGAAGAUUCCCUGGUCAAGUUCUUGCAAUCUAUAUACGAUAUGUUCCUAAUUCAUUAUCGAAUCUUGACGAUAAGAGAGUAUUUGAUGAAUUGAAUCGAUUAUUGGCAACUAGAGAUAAAAAACUGAAAGUAUCACAAACCUAUAGACCUGAAAGUAUUGAAGAUUUAAUUGAUUUGAGCGAUACUCCAGUAGCCUUACCACGAAUUCCUUCACCUACCAAAUCACCGGUUGAAACCAAUGAAUCCCAACAACGAGCUGCUAAAUUACCACCAAUGAAACCUCGUAAACCAACUAAUUUAAAAGGUAAUCCUUUAGCACCUCCAUUACCCAGUCGUACUAAUAUCAAUCGAGCUACCACUGCUUCAGCAUUGGAUGAGGUUCAUAAGUUAGAGAAUCCAAAGUUACCCCAGAGACCUACACGUACUACUACCAGUCUUGAUGCUGAAGAUAAUCCAACUAAAGAACAACUUUUUGAUCAUUUACAAAAUAUCUAUUAUUCUCAUCAUUUUGAAGACUUAAGAGAUAUCGAUGAAAGAGGAGCUCAAUGGAUCGAAAGAGUAGUCGAAGGUAUGAGACAACUUCAAGAAGUUGACACUGUUGUAAGAUUCUUCACCGAUGAAGAUGAAGAUUUAUAUGAAACCAGUUAUGAGAUUUUUAAAGAAGUUAAUGAAAACACCUAG